GAGAUAUUUGAAGCAAACCGGUAGAAGAAGCUUUUCAUAGUUGGCUUUAUAUCUCAUAUACUUUCUCAUUGCUCCAUUAUUGUUGUUUAAGAUUCUUUGAUAUGAAUCGAGCAACUGGAUCGUCUUCCUCGCAUCUUAGGUUGCCUUUUGAUGUAUUCUUAAGUUUUAGAGGGGAAGAUACUCGUUCCAACUUCACGAGUCAUCUUCAUAUGGCUUUGUGUCAAAAGGGUAUCAAUGUUUUCAUAGAUGAUGACAAGCUUCCAAGGGGUGAAGAAAUUUGUACAUCUCUUUUGAAAGCCAUCGAAGAAUCGAAAAUCUCGAUUGUUAUAAUUUCAGAAAAUUAUGCAUCUUCCCAUUGGUGUUUGGAUGAACUGAUGAAAAUCAUUAUGUGUAACAAAUCCAAUAAUCGACAAGUCGUUUUUCCUGUUUUUUACAAAGUGAAUCCAUCUCAUGUACGACGACAAAGGGGAGUAUUUGGAGAAGAAUUUGCCAAACUCCAAGUUAGGUUCUCCAACAAGAUGCAAGCAUGGAGUGAGGCUCUAACUUUCAUCUCCACUAUGUCUGGAUGGGAUCUAAAAAACUAUGAAAAUGAAGCAAGUUUGAUUCAAAUAAUUGUUCAAGAAGUCAGAAAGAAAUUAAGGAAUAGUGCAACAACCGAGUUAGAUGUAGCUAAAUAUCCAGUUGGAAUUGACAUACAAGUUAGUAAUUUACUGCCACAUGUUAUGUCUAAUGAAAUUACUAUGGUUGGAUUGUAUGGAAUUGGAGGUAUGGGCAAGACAACUUUGGCCAAAGCUUUAUACAAUAAAAUUUCUGAUGACUUUGAAGGUUGUUGCUUUUUGGCAAAUGUUAGAGAAGCUUCAAAUCAAUACUGGGGUCUUGUUGAACUCCAAAAGACGCUACUUCGUGAGAUUCUGAUGGAUGAUUCAAUCAAAGUUAGCAAUGUUGGUAUAGGAAUUAGCAUCAUAAGGGAUCGAUUAUGCUCAAAAAAGAUAAUUUUGAUUCUUGAUGAUGUUGAUACACAUGAACAACUACAGGCAUUGGCUGGAGGACAUCAUUGGUUUGGACAUGGAAGUAAGGUCAUUGCAACAACAAGAAACAAGCAAUUACUUGCUAGUCAUGGGUUUAAUAUAUUGAAAAGAGUUAACGGAUUAAAUGCGAUUGAAGGUCUUGAGCUUUUUAGUUGGCAUGCAUUUAAAAAUAGUCAUCCCUCAAGUGAUUAUUUAGAUGUUUCAAAACGUGCUGUGCAUUAUUGUAAAGGUCUUCCCUUAGCACUUGAAGUGUUAGGUUCCUUCCUUAAUUCUAUCGAUGAUCAAUCCAAGUUUGAACGUAUAUUGGAUGAAUAUGAGAACUCAUACCUGGACAAAGGCAUCCAAGAUAUUCUUCGAAUAAGUUAUGAUGAGCUUGAACAAGAUGUAAAAGAAAUUUUCCUUUACAUUUCUUGUUGCUUUGUACAUGAAGACAAAAACGAGGUUCAAAUGAUGUUAAAAGAAUGUGACUCUCGUUUCAGAUUGGAAAUGGGUAUUAAAAAACUCACUGAUCUAUCACUUCUUACAAUUGAUAAAUUCAACCGGGUCGAAAUGCAUGACUUGAUACAACAAAUGGGUCACACAAUUCAUCUCUUGGAGACUUCUAAUUCUCAUAAAAGAAAAAGAUUGUUGUUUGAAAAAGACGUCAUGGAUGUCUUAAAUGGAGAUAUGGAAGCAAGGGCUGUGAAAGUCAUAAAGCUAAAUUUUCAUCAGCCCACUGAGCUAGACAUUGAUUCAAGAGGUUUUGAAAAAGUGAAAAACUUGGUAGUGCUCAAAGUUCACAACGUCACAUCUUCAAAAAGUCUCGAGUAUCUACCGAGUAGCUUAAGGUGGAUGAUUUGGCCUAAAUUUCCGUUUUCAUCUUUGCCUUCAACCUACUCACUGGAGAAACUUACUGAACUCAGCAUGCCAAGUAGCUUCAUCAAACAUUUUGGAAAUGGAUAUCUGAAUUGCAAAUGGUUGAAGCGUAUAAAUCUUAACUACUCAAAGUUUUUAGAAGAAAUUUCUGAUCUAUCCAGUGCGAUAAAUCUUGAAGAGUUGAAUCUUUCCGAGUGUAAAAAGCUGGUAAGAGUUCAUGAAUCAGUUGGAUCACUAGGUAAACUUGCUAAAUUGGAACUUUCUAGUCAUCCUAAUGGCUUUACGCAAUUUCCAUCCAACCUCAAGUUGAAGUCCCUACAAAAAUUGGUAAUGUACGAGUGCAGGAUUGUUGAAAGUUAUCCUCAUUUCAGUGAAGAAAUGAAGUCUAGUUUAAAAGAAUUACGGAUUCAGUCUUGUAGUGUGACAAAACUAUCCCCAACGAUUGGAAAUCUUACUGGUCUUCAACAUUUGUGGAUCGAUGUAUGCAAAGAGCUCACUACUCUUCCAAGUACCAUUUGUCAUUUAAGCAAUCUUAUUUCUUUAAGUGUUUUCAGAUCUGAAGUUUCAACUUUUUCGUUCUUAUAUUCUCGUUCCCUUUCCUUAUUUCCCUACCUAACACUUUUAAAACUUUGUUACUGCAAGAUAACAAAUUUGAGUUUCUUAGAAACAAUCACCCAUGUCGCCCCUUCAUUGACACAGUUGUACUUGACUGGAAACGACUUUUGUAGCCUACCCUCAUGUAUUGUUAAUUUUAAAUCUUUGAGAUAUUUUGAUAUAAGUUAUUGUGGGUUCCUUGAAGAAAUUUUAAAGGUUCCAGAAGGCGUAAUUUAUAUGAAUGCUCAAGGGUGCAGAUCAUUGGCUAGAUUUCCAGACAAUAUAGCUGAAUUCAUAUCUUGUGAUUCGGAAUAUGCAGAUGGAAAAUACAAACAACUCAUAUUAAUGAAUAAUUGUGAUAUUCCAGAAUGGUUUCAUUUCAAGAGUACGAACAAUUCAAUAACGUUUCCUACCACAUUUAAUUAUCCGGGUUGGAAAUUGAAAGUUCUUGCUGCUUGUGUUAAAGUUCAAGUUCAUGAUCCUGUUAAUGGGUAUCAUAGAGGGGGGGAUCUUGAAUGUGAAGUGUUCUUUAAGGACAUUCUAGUAUGGAGUUCUGGAGACUGGACAAAUUAUCUUGGAUACGAUUCAAGAUGGUUGCCCCUAGGAGCAUCACCAAGUGAGUAUACAUGGUUUAUUGUACUCAAUCCUCAUAGAGAUUUCUCCCUAGAUGAUUGGGAUGAUACGAUGGAGAGAUCACCAGAGACUGAUCUAAGUCAGCUAUGUUUUGGAAUUAAUUCCAUGGAAAUGGACCGUAAUAGAUCAAAUGAUAAAUGGAAUUCUAUUGGGGGAAGUAUUUGGAAGAACUUUACGGUGUUGUUUGAGCCUCGACCCCUGUCUCGAGACACUAUAAUAAGUAUAAAAGGUUGUGGUGUUCAUGUGAUCAUGGAGUAAUGAUGUGGAAAUAAGCUAACUUGAGGGUUUCAAUAAAAUUGAGCUACCAGAAAGUAGGAUGCAGUUUGCUAGUAUAGAUACUAACUUUAAAUUUGUUUUCAAUUUUUUUUAAAUACGGUACUUAAUUUGUGUUCUUAAGAUUUCUCUCUUUCAAACGAGAUAUAUAUCAUUUCAUUCAUUUCUGUUAGAUACUUCUAGAAACUUCGUAAAUAUGUAUUUGAUACGUGAUUUAGUGUAUAUCUGUUUUUUUUAA